AUGGCCUCCACUUCCCCCUCAUACCUCAUCGUCGGGGCGGGUGUGUUUGGUGUUUCGACAGCAUACCACCUUAUUCGGAAGUACCCCAAUGCAUCAAUUAGUCUGAUUGAUCGAGAUGCGUACGAUGCCGAGUCGCGAGUAGCUGCGUCUUGGGAUUGGAACAAGGUCGUUCGUGCGGACUACGAUGACAAGGUCUAUUGUAGACUGGCUCUCGAGGCGCAAGAGAUCUUCAAGUCCGACCCUCUCUGGCAGCCCCACUUCCACCAAACUGGUGUUUACUGGACAUGCCGCAGCGAUUAUGCACAGAACGUGAUCACCAAUCACAAAGAGCUCGGCCGCCACGAUGAUAUCAUUGCUCUCCCUGUUGCAGAGGCUCGCAAGCUAUAUGGCGGAGUCUUCGACAACGCCGACUACACCGGUGUCAAGGAAGUCCUUGUCAACAGAGCCAGUGGCUGGGCCGCUGCUGGAGAUUCUCUUCGGGCGGUGACCCAAAGAUGUGUGGAAUUGGGUGUUAAGUAUGUCACUGCGCCUGUCACUAGCCUUGAGUUUGAUGGGAAGGGCUCUUGCACAGGCGUGUCGACACAGUCAGGCGAGAAACUCUCCGCCACACAUGUCAUUGUUGCAGCCGGUGCUUUCACGCCUACCCUUCUGGAGUGGAGCGCUGCUAAGAGUGGCAACGCUGGUCUACGAGCUGGAGAGCGCAUUCUUGCAGCUGGUAUUACGACUGGCAUGGCACAGCUCAAUGAUGAACAAUACGCUAAAUACAAAGAUAUGCCGGUUGGCUUCCAGGGUUACACACCAGAGGAAGGCAAACCCUUCAUUGGUAGCAUCCCACCCAACAAGGAUCGCGAAAUGAAGUGGUGGGGUUCCAAGAUUUUCACAAACACAAGGGAAAUCCUCCCAGGACGUCACAUAUCUUCACCUCCGCCUACGCACGACUAUAACCAGUGGAAGGUUCCAGGACCUCUCAAGCAAGAUAUUAUCGAGUCCCGAAACCUAUGGUAUGGGCCUGAGAGUGCAUCUUGGAACAUGACAAAGCACCGAAUCUGCUGGGACGCUUUCACCACUACCUCCGACUUCAUUAUUUCUCCUCAUUCUGCCUCAAAGGGAUUAUACAUCGCUUCUUGCGGCUCCUUCCACGGCUACAAGUUCUUCCCUGUUCUCGGAAAAUACAUCACCGAGAUGAUUGAGGGAGAAUUGGCACCCGAACUAGUACAGAAAUGGGCAUGGGACCGACAACGGCCGGAUUCCUCUGAAAACGUGGAAUAUCCCAAUGCCGAGAUGAAGCACCUAUUGCAGCCUGCGGCCAAGCUAUAG